CAGGUCAAUUCUGUUUGCAUCUGGCCUAACAUAUUGCUAUCUUAACCAUAUUGCUCGAACUGAAACUAUUAACAAGACUGUUUACCAAAUUCAUAUUCUGUUCACUACCCUUUGGCAAGUAUUGCUAGGAGUUUCUAGAGCUAGCAAUGUUGUUACAGAUAAAGAUAUCACGUGAGCAUUUCAGUUGAUGCUAAUCUUGGCAACACUGGCGAAACCUGUCAUCUUCUUACAUUUUUCUGUUCUCUGUCAAAUCCUGUCUUGUCACCCUUGUCAUAUCCGACCGGUCAUAACCUCAUUUUAUAACACGUUUAUAACCGACUGCGACUAAAUUAUUUCUUUGCUGCCAACCUGUGCCUUGUUCCUUGUAUUGUUGUAUACAAUUCGUCAUGGCGAACUCAAGGAGCAAACGAACCAAUAAAGAUCAAAUGGAGAUGAUAAUCAAUUUUCUUGGGGAAAACCGGGUACUUGUCACACAAAAAAUGCACCCGUUGAACACGGGUGACUGUGAACCUUUGUGGGAUGAAUUGACCGAGAAGUUGAACUCUGUGGAGAACGGUGCAAGAAAAGAUAAGAAACAAUGGAAAACUUUUCUGUACGAGUGGAAAUCAAAAACUAAGAAGAAGGCCCGUAUCCAUAAGGCUUCCAUCAUGAAAACGGGAGGUGGUGGCUACACUUGUAAAGACCUGACAGAUUUGGAAAACCGACUGUUGAAUGUAUUAGGGGGUUGGAUUCAUGUACUAGGAUGCCCCAGUUUAACAAAUAUUGAGCCUGGACUACCUGCAGGACUUGAAUUAAUGGAUCAAGAUGUCACUGAGAUACAAGAAGGUGCAAUAGAGCAGCAUGAAGCUGAAAGAGAAGAAGAAAAUACCGAUGAGAUAUCUACACCAAUACCAUCACAAACACCAAGACGUGGAACAGCUCCAAGGAAGAAACAAAAGAGACCGCAUGUACAGAGCACACAGCUGCACGAAGCAGCUGAACUUUAUGCACAAAGCACCAGCGAAAUGGCUGAAGCUGUGAAGGUGAUGGCUGGUGCAAUAUCACAGUUAGUUCAAGGGCUAUCUGAUAUAGCACUUGCUCUAAGCAACACAUCAAAAACCUGAUGUCAUGUAAUAAAAAUGAAAAUACUAAAAUCUGCAUUAAAUAUUUAUUUUAGAGAACAUUUUCUUACAUAAUUCACCUGAUCGCAGUAGACAACUGAUUUACAAGUUGCUGGCGAAUAAACCUGCCCUCUGUGAGAAAAUCAUUACUUGGAAUUGCAGCAUCAUCAGGAUGGCUGCUGUCAGUAGUCUGAUCAGUGUUGUCAUGAGAGUCGCCAUUAUCUUCAUACUCUUGUUCUGCAUUAUAUAUUCUGCAAAUAUUAUGCAAAACAGCACAAGCAUAAAUUAUCAUGCCACUUGUAUCAUGAGAAUAAUGAAGAACCCUGUCUUUCCUUAAACAUCUAAAACGGGCUUUCCAAAUACCAAAGCCCCUUUCAACCACAUUGCGUGUGUUGAUAUGUAUACUGUUAUAGUGAGCUUCGGGGGUAUUAGCUCUUGUUUCGAGGAUUGGUGUCAUCAGCCACGGCUGGAGAGGAUAUCCUGAAUCACCAAGUAGGUAGCAGUUUCGUCUUCCAUCUUCAUAUUUUUGCUUAAGAUGUCUCUGUAUGUUUGAAGAGUCCCAUAUUGCUGCAUCAUGGACUGCUCCAGGAUACUUCGCAUUUACGUUAGUAAUCAUUAGGUGAGAGUCGAAAAUCUGUAAAAUAUUGCGAAUUUAUGUUCUCAGUCAAGGCUUAACAAAAAAUGAACUUACUGCCUGAACAUUUACACUGUGGAACCCUUUUCUAUUAAUAUAUGCUACUGAUGGAUUAAUAGGAUCAUCUGUUUUGGGUGGCACUAUCGCAAUAUGUGUACAAUCGAUAACGCCUACAACAUUUGGGAAUUGAUGAUUCUCUAAAAAUCUGAAAAUUGAAAAACUCAUGAUAUGAUGUGGCCAUUAUGUAGAGAAAAUACCUACAUACCCGUCUUUGACUCUCCUAACUUCUUCUGAAGUUGUUGGAAACCUGAUAUAUCGAGGUGACAAAUGUAAUGCAAUUAGUCUGCUUAUUUUGUUUAUAAGUCUGCUCAUUACAGGUUGGCUGAUUCCGAUAUUAAAGUCGUGUCCUACGGUUGUUUGAUAACCGCCAUGGGCAUAAAAUAAUAAACUUGAAAAGACCUGAAAAUAAUUUGUUGAAGAUUCAUAGAGAAAAUAGAUUCUAUUUAGAAUGAAUUGUGAAACGUUACAAAUUCAUAUUACAUAUCAGUUUGAUUAUACACAUAUAUGAACUAUUACUAAUCAUUAUUAUUAUUAUAGUAAAAUGUUGAUUAUUUUGUUACCUGCAGAUGAAAAGGUACUGUGUCUCUUCUGGUAGGUUCAUCAACGUAUCCUUGUAGCUGAGUAAUUAGAUCCGUUGCUGCUACUUUAUUCAGACGAAACAAUUUUUUGAACUUGUCUUCAGCAAUUUCAAACGGAUUACUUGCGUCUCUGAUAUUUCGGAAGUGCAAGCGUAAACUUCGACUGCAAUGUUUGUUGGUCAUGAAGUUACACAAAUAAAAAACUGUAUGUUAAUCCUCUUACCUAACUAGAACGUUUUCAAAUGUAUGGCGAAAGUUUACAUCAAAAUUCACAAAAACCGGAUUGACGGCCAUUUUUCUGCAAUAACAAUGUUGUUACAUUGAUAGCAAGUACUUAAAUACUAUUUGCCGAGAUAACAAGAUCGAAAAACAAGAACUAUUCAAAAUGACAGAUCAUCUGGCUAAAAUAUAUUGAACAGAAUAGAACAAUCGCAAACAUUGUUAAAUCAUAGCAAGAUCUCUUCAUAAUAACAAGUAACAAUAUUACUAUAGCUAAACAGAAUUGGCCUGAAUGUCUAUAGACGAAUUGUAUGGGCUAUUUGAUCAACUUGAUCCGUUAAAUUUCUCUAUUGUACAUGUUCGUAACUAAUUUUUCCUCAGGGGGUCUAUCUUGUGCUGAACAUAAUUCUUGAUGAACUAAUGGCGGCAUUGCUUGAGAAGUGCAGAGUCAACUUGACGCCAUUUUUUGUUAAUACACGUAAUUGUAUAGCGCUCAUGUAUAAAAUAAAGUUGAAGGCGUCAUUAUAGCAAUAUAGAUUCUAAAUAAAGAUAAUUGACAUCUGAAUCUCAUGCAUAUUCUGACCCUAUUAAGUUUUCCAUGAAAAAAAAAUCAAGAUUGCAGCAAUGAGUGUGUACGUAC